GGCUCAUGCUUGCUGCGCAAGAGAUCUACAAGUCUGUGGAGGACACAAUUUUGGAGUACCAGGAGGAAAUAGCCAUCCGAGAGCGGGAGAACGACCAUCUGAGACACAGGCUGCGAGAUGCUGGGAUUGAAAUAUGGCCAGGUAAUCGAAAAGACAACUGCAACAGUCCAGUAGUGAUCGAUUCAAUACCUCGAGAAUACAAGGACCUGGAUGAAUGAGAAUAUUUUGAGGCAUGAAAUCAAAAGAGACCCCCAACUAUAAAUUGUUGGGGGUUACCUUAAAUCUUCCAUACAGGAGGUCCUUGGGUUAUGAUGGAGUCAGAAUUACAAGUACAGUAAAUGUUUGAAAAACACUCCUGGAGUUCUUGGUAGUAAGUAUAAAGCAAUCAAAUGAAAAACAGACCGUUCAUCAAUGGCGUUGCUCGAAGAGGAUGAUGCCGAGCAUCGGCGACGCGAGUGGAGUCCUAGCAUGGGGCAUGAAGAGCGUAUUCCAAUCCAAGUCAAGGAUAAACGAGAUCUCCCGGCCAACCAAGGAGAACUGCGUGGCCAUGGCUCUUGCAACGCUUCCGAAAACAUGUUCUCACCCGCUGCGCAUGUCGCAAAUGAGUAUGUGCAGGAUGGCCCUCACACAUCCGCCUUGCCCCAGAGUCAAGGCAUGGAGAACAGAGAACGGGAUCCUGAUUCUCGGGGCUCCAUGAGGCACGUGAAGGCGGAGAGUGGAGGCUGCCACCGGGGCUCCGUUUCCUCCAAUAACAGCGGACAGCCCCUUGCGCCGGUCAACCCAAACUGCACCAAUGAGAACAACAUUGAUAUCAUAGGAGUGGAAAAUGGAGGGCAGAUGGUUGGCGCCAAAGGAAACGGACCUGUGGCAAACAGAGGACCGGCCUCUCAUAUGCGCAACCAAGGAGCCAACGCAGUGGACUGCACACAUCAGAAACCCCCACUACAAGGCCACAUCUCAUCCUUCUCCUGCAAGGUUUGCGGCGAGGCGUUCAGUCACGUCGGCCACUUGCACGUGCACGUGCAGGUGCACACACGGGAGAAACCUUACCGCUGCGGCGUUUGCGGGAAGUGCUGCAGCUCCGCAGGCCGACUACAGGAGCACCAGCGCAGCCACACUGGGGAAAAACCCUUCCGCUGCCAGAUCUGUGGCAAGGGCUUCACCCAAAUGGCUCACCUCAAAGUGCACAUGAGGAUCCACACGGGGGAGAAGCCGUACAGCUGCCCCGUGUGCGGCAAGUGCUUCAGCCGCUCUGACAAAAUCAAAAGGCAUCUCCAGACACACACCCGAGAGGGGACCUAUUUUUCAGGACAAUGAUGUACUAGUGCCGCUGAAUUUUCGAAUCAGAUUCAUGGGAUUUUUCUUUUUUUCUUAUUUUUUUUACGAAAACGAUUGCUGCCGGUUAGUAAGACUUUUAUACUGAUUUAGAACUUGGAAAUAUGUAAAUGUUUUUACAAAACAUAAUACUUCUUCAUUCCAAGGUCCAUUUAAAAAAAAAUCAGGUUCCAACAUUUGACAUUUACGUGACAUUACGAUAUCUUAAUAUUACCUGACUUUGAUUUAAUGCCUCAACUUUUAAAUACGCAAGUCGAUCACUAAAUUGUGGGUCGCGAUCCACUUCUCUGCAGUAAAACAUAUUAGCCACUUGGGGGCGCUCUUAUCUCAAUGAAGGAUCAGAUCAACUUCAUCAACUGCCAUCUUUUGUUCUUGUUUACCAAUUUAAUUAGAACACGUUCCAAGUUGUGACAUCUGCUUCCUGGAUAACCAAUUUGUUUGUACCUUUUCUACAGUGACAGUUACAAAUGUAAAACCUCCAGUUCAUUCCAUUUGACAAGAAGUGGAAGGUUAGUUUGUUGCUUGUGCUGCUGCACUUUCAACACGUCGGAUAGUUUUUAGCCUGCAGUGAGAUGUCUCAUCCGGUCACUUGUCAAGGCGAAGGCAGGAAACGAAUCCAGGAAUUUCAGUGACAAGAGGCCUUAACCUCACAAGGGCCGUGGAGCGUGCACAAACAACCAUCCGUGCUCACACCUCGGGACAAUUUGGAGUGUCCAAUCAGCCUGUAAUACAUGUUUUUGGAAUGUAGGAGGAAACCAGAGUACCCGGAGAAAACCCACGCAGAACAUGCAAACUCCACACAGGGAGGCCAGAGCUGGGAUUGAACCCGGUACCUCUGGAGUGUGAGGUUGACGUGCUAACCACUGAAGCGCCGGGCUGCUUCAAAAUGACCAUUUAAUAAUACAUGUAUUGUUUUUAACGGGUUGUUUGGGAGACGCAUCAUUUUGAAUUUAUUUUGAACACCCACUCAAGUUAUCAAAUAUUUCUGCUUGCCCUCCAAAGGUCUGCACGUGGCUACUGCAACUUCCAUAUGUUAUUUUUGCCUUAUCAUUCACAAAAGGCAAGCAAGUGUUGUUGGAAAGAGAUGCUAGUUUGCACUAAUUAAACUUGUCAUGUCGAUUAAUUGCAACAUUCAUCUCCAGUAAAGUAUUGUGAGUGUGACAUAAAAUAAUUAACUGUUUAAUGGGAUUACACAACUGAGAACAAAUAGCAUC